AUGAAAGAAAAAGAAUCAUGGCUGUUGGAGGUUGACGGGUCUUCGGCCGCGAGCGGGGCAGGGGCCGGGAUUCUUAUAAACAGUCCAGAAGGAAAUAUCUUUGAAUACACGAUUAAGUUUGCGUUCCCAGCCUCAAACAAUGAGUCAGAAUAUGAGGCAGCUAUCACCGGAUUAAGAAUGUGCGUCGCAGCAGGAGCCAAGAGUGUCCUCAUGAAAACAGACUCACAGUUGGUUAGCGGCCAACUCAAAGGAGAAUUUGAAGCCCGAGAAGCCAAUAUGAUAAAUUAUGUAGAGAAGGCCAAGGAAAUAAUAGCCCAACUUGAGCAGUUUGAGGUAGAUGCAAUCCCUAGGGUCGAGAAUAUGAAAGUGGAUGCACUGUCCAAGCUUGCCAGUUCAGAUUCUGUCAGUAUUGAGGGGAUGGUGGUUAUUGACGUCCUUAAGGAAAAAAGCAUCACCCAGAAGGCGGUCAUGAUAAACAAUAUAAAUCAGCAAGGGGAGUGGUUCAGAAAGCUAGUGGAAUAUAAGCUGACGGGAGCGCUCCCAGCCGAUCCCAUGUCUGCUAAGAAGCUGCGAAAGCAGGCUAAUUGGUACAUGAUAUACCAAAAUGAGCUGUACAAAAAGUCAUUUAGCUUGCCGCUAUUGAAGUGCGCAACAGCUGCUGAGGCUGUAAAGAUGAUGGAAGAAAUCCAUGAAGGAAUUUGUGGGAACCAUAUUGGGGGAAUAGCAUUGGCUUUGAAGGCACUGAGAGCUGGAUUCUACUGGCGUAGCAUGCUAGCAGACGCACAGAACUACGUGAAAAAAUGUGAUAAGUGCCAUAAAUUUGCCCGUGUGAUAAAUAGACCCGCAAACGACUUGCAGCCAAUUCUAUGUCUGAUAGCGUUCACGCAGUGGGGGAUGGAUAUCUUGGGACCAUUCACGACUGCGACAGGUGGCAGGCGUUUCCUUAUUGUGGGAAUCGACUAUUUUACAAAAUGGAUAGAAGCGGAGCCGACGGCAAAGAUAAAGGCAAACAAGAUAAAGAAGUUCAUCUGGCAGAAUAUCAUGAUAAGAUUUGGCAUCCCGGCGGCAAUCGUGUUCGACCAUGGGGUUCAGUUUGAUUGCCGGCCCAUCCAAGCUUUUCUCACGUAUUUUAGGGUCAAGUUUGCCUAUUCGGCAGUAUGUCAUCCGCAGAGCAAUGGUCAAGCAGAAGCCGCUAACAAACAAAUUUUGAAUGCCUUAAAGAAGAAGUUAGAUGAGUUCAAAGGAAAGUGGGCUGAGAUGGUGCCGGCCGUCCUAUGGGCAAAUAGAACAACUGAAAAAGAGUCGACAGGGGAAAGCCCCUUCAGGUUAGCCUUUGGAGCAGAAGUGGUAUUGCCAGUGGAGGUAGGGCUGCCCACUUACCGGAUUAAACACCAAAUCUUAGAGAAGAAUGACCAGGCAUUAAGGGAGGAUUUGGACUUCUUGCCAGAGAUAAGACUAAAGGCAGAGCUGAGAGCAGCAACAUACAAGGAUAGAAUCAGCAAAGCAUAUAACAAGAGGGAAAUAUGGGACGAAGUGGGUGAAUCUGAGAGUGGAAGGGACACCAUGCUUUUGGAAAUUGAGCAAGAGUGUCUAGAAAUCUACACGAGAAAGGUUGAUCAAGCUUACCAAACUCGGGCUCAGUUACGGCAGGUAAUUGCUGAUGCUGAGGCAGAGCUUGCCCAUAUUUUCUCAUCACUGGGUGAGAGACCAAUGAAUAUAAGGCAGCCUGAUCAAAAAGCUAUUGGCUUGAUGGAAGAAGUGUUGAUUGUUCUGUUGCGGCCAUUGCUCACUGCUUCUAUUUUUUUGCUUAUUUAUUUGAUCCUGCAGUCACAUUCAGCUCUUUGUCCCUUCUUAAACGGCUAUCCUUUUGUUUAG